CUUCAACCUCCUGUGAAAUGAUCCAAAAGUGAAUCUUUAGAAGGAUGAAUUUCUUUCAGCGAUUUUAUCAUAUUGGAAUCAUCAUCUUUAUAACCGUUUUUAUCGAAUUGACUUGGCUUCAGGAUAUUUCCAUAGUCGAAAAACAGAAAGAUUUAGUCGAUGAACGCCUAUCACUAUCUAAUCAAUCCUUGUCAUAUUAUGACAAAACAGAACAGGAAAAUAUUUCGGAGUUGGAGUUUGAGUUAGAGGAAAAAUUGCUAAAUUUGACCCUAAACUACUUGAAGGAACAUCCCCUCUCAACCAAAAAUGCCAAUAUAAUCCCAUCAUUAUCGCCUUCGAAUAACGGGUACGCCGUCAAUCGCAAGAGAAAGCACGGAAUCAACGCUAAAACUACUGAAAACAUGUUGGGCGGCUGGAGCCCCUGUUCCUUUCCUUGCGGAAUCGGGGUUUCCUACAGGCUCCGAAAUUGCGAUACAAACGAGAUCGAAUCCAAUGCUUGCCAAAGAUAUAUGGUGGAUUACAAGCUUUGCAAUACUAAACCAUGUAAAGAGAUGAAGUCCGAUUUUAGAUAUCUGCAAUGCCAAAGCUUCGAUAAGAUUCCAUACAGAAACCAAUUUUUCAAUUGGAUUCCAUUUCCCAACCUACAAAAUCCGUGUUCCCUAACAUGUCAGGCCAAAGGUCACGAGUUCGUUGUCGUGUUUUCGUCGAAAGUUCUAGACGGUUCUAGGUGCACCAAUGACACCCUCGAUGUCUGCAUCAACGGAAAAUGCAGAUUAGUUGGAUGCGAUAUGAAAUUAGGUUCCUCUAAAAAGGUUGACUCGUGCGGCGUAUGCGGUGGCGAUAAUUCCAAGUGCAAUCAUGCUCAAUAUUAUUGGGAGGAAACCGAUUUUUCUGCCUGUUCAGCUUCCUGCGCUGGAGGCUAUCAAAUGACGUCUUCAUUUUGCAAAAUGCUGGAGCCCGCUAAGAUCGUUCCUAACUUUUUCUGCGAACCCAGAUCUCGGCCUGCACCCAAGAUCAGAACGUGUUCCGAACACCAUUGCCCUCCUAAAUGGUACAGCGAUGAUUGGUCAAAAUGCCCCGAUAAAUGUGGUAUUUUUAAACAAAGUCGCCGAGUCUACUGUGGUCAGGAACUAAAAAAUAACAGUUUGAUUGAUAUUAACGCCAAAUAUUGCGCGAGUCCCGCUCCCGGAACUACAAGACAGUGUCCAGUCAAGAAGUGUUCCUAUUGGAAGUCCGGGCGAUGGUCUCAAUGUUCAGUUACAUGUGGUUAUGGUGUAAGAACCUUAGAACUUCGAUGCAUAGGAACUAACGGAAGAUUUAGUACCGAUUGCAAAGAUGAAGAGAGGCCUAAACACGUGGAAAGAUGCUUUGUCGGUGCAUGCCCCGAUCCCAAUCAAGAUAUUACAACCUCUGCACGUGUUUCCACUACCCAUAGCUACAAUUCUCUGGCCAAAGAUGAACCGAAUUCAGAGCUAAACUCCGCCAUUUAUAAGCUCGAUAGUUUGGAUAUUAAGAGCAAAAUUGAUCGGCACAACGAAUUGAUCGAAAACAACGGCAUAUUGAAAAAUAUCGUAGAAAAUGGAAUUGACGAUCCUCAUAAACAAUCUUUGAAUGCUGACAAUGCUAAACAAUCACAUGGUUCGCACGCAUCAAACUUGUUAUAUUUGUUUAGACCGGAUUUCAGAUACGUUGUCUCUGAUUGGAGCGAAUGUAGUAAACCAUGUGGAAUGCUAGGGAGCAGGCGCACUAGAACUGUUAAAUGUAAAGUGUAUUACCCUUACACGCAAAUAAUGGUAGAAGUCCCCGAAGACCAAUGUAGAGGAGUGUUUAAACCACCAUCGCAAGAGAACUGCGACCUAAGGAAAUGCAGUGAAGGAGCGGAAGCCAGAGAUCCUAGCAAUAAGCUUCUGCUAAAUGCUCCUAUGGAAAGUGCGCAGGCAACGAAAAUCGCAGAGCCAGAACCACCGAAAGAUGUCUUCUUAUGGAAGUACAGGGGUUUCGCGACAUGUUCUGCCAAAUGUUUGGGGGGAAUACAGGACUCCAUAAUAUUAUGCGUUCGAGAAAAAGAUGGGCAGGUGUCAUCCGAUGACAACUGCGAUUCGACUCGCAGACCCCCGCCUUUUCAGAGGACUUGUAAUGAACACGCAUGCCCACCCAGAUGGGAAAUAUCAACUUUUUCCGAAUGUUCUCACACAUGCGGAGGUGGGAUAAGCAUUAGAAGUGUAAGGUGUUUGCAUCAAACUGCCAACGGAAAGGACAAUAUCUAUGUGGUUCCGCCGGAAAUGUGUCCAGAACCUAGACCAGAAUCCAAGAUGACCUGCAAUGCUAUUGAUUGUCCCCCAUUUUGGGCUGUGGGAAAUUGGUCUCAAUGCACUAAGACAUGUACUGAGGGAUUCAGGAAAAGGCCGGUUUAUUGUCAGCAGGUUACGGCGAAAGGACACAUAACGUACAUGGCGGACGAGGGUGAAUGUCUUAUUACAUCCAAAAAGCCGGAUUCCAUAAGAGAAUGUAAGGCUGAACUUAUUCCAGAAGAAGAGGCCUACUGCGAUUAUAUGAAGAAUUCUCCCCUUUUCAAGAAUAGUUACAGUAAGAACAUGGUACCUAAGACGCUAGAUUUUAAUCCCCUCACACUUAUACCCCUAAUCGCCUCGAACGGAAAGUCCUACGACAAGAUUUUUAAGAAGUAUCUUGAAAAGGUUACUCCUACUGCAACGCCUUUAAGAGGUACCAUAGUCGGUGCGUUGCGUAAAGAAAAAGUCGAUUCUAAUGUGACAACUUCCGGUGAUUCCGAUAAACAGGACGAUAACGAUCUCGACGAAGAAGACGAGGAAAACGAAGAAGAUGAUAUUGAGGGUGGUAAUAAUGGCGCUAUAAAUGAUGAGCAAUCGCCAAACGAGAGAAAGUUCGAAAGAGACAGUGCUUUUCAAUAUGUAAGCCUGCUAGUUCCUGGCGACAAAAUUUCUCAAACGGCGGCAUCCCAAAUUAAUGCCGUCAAAAGUCCCAAAAAAUUUGUCGGGGCUGUCAACAAAACCAAACCCAAAUUCGAUAAGAUGACGGUUAGAUUAAAAUCUCCAAGAGGCGAAUUGCUAGUUCCUAGAGGAAUCUUUCUCAAAUUGAAAUGCAAAUCUAGACUUGACAGAUCGCUCGAACCCGUGAUAUGGUACAAGGAUAGAAAGAAUAUGACGGCUAAAUGGCAGAUGAGAUUGAAGAAUAUAAAAUUGGGCUCCAAAGUUCCCAGGGUGUCCAUCUCGAAAUUCGGCGUGCUCAAAAUCAGGUCGGUUAAACUGAGAGACAGGGGCCGUUACGUAUGUAAAAUAGCGGAUAUCAAAAAAACGGUAGUGGUUAAGGUGAUCAAGGCCAACAAAACGAAUAAAUCCCGAGACGGUAUCAGGAAUAAACCGCAAAAUGACGAGGCGAUUUCGGAAGAUGAGGAAUUGGACGAAUCGGAUUACAGAGAUGACAGGUAUCUGUCAGAGUUUUGGAACGAAUACAAGGAUGAGCCAAGCCUCUUAACAGAUCGCAAGAGCUCAGAAAUGAUAAAUCAAUUAGAAAGGGACAUUUCCACCACUUACAAAUUUACGACGUCUUCCGAUUCCCACGUGACUACUUAUCCUAAAUUUAUCGAGUACCCUGAACUCCUAACAUUCGCUAAAGGUGGCAAAGCAAAUCUAACGGAGGCCACUGAAUACAGAAGCAUGUAUGAAGAGGAGAGUUAUUACGACAAUCUAGCAUAUUCCACCGCGAAUUCGAGAUCCACACCAACAAUAUUUGUGCCAAAGAUCCCACUUACAAAUUUGCUAAACAAUAAUAUCAUUGUAAGUACAUCGAGCACUGCCUCUAAAAAUUCUGCGAUAUUGACACUCUCGAAAAUAAUAUUGCCCGCGAAAAAUAACAGUACAGCAGCCGAUAGAUCGGGAGACGACGUAAAAGGUCUUGACGUCAACUCAAACGCGUACGACGAAUUGAGCCCUUCCCACUUAUAUUGGCAAAGUUACGGGUGGACUAAAUGUUCCCAAUCAUGCGGUUCCCGCGGAAUACAGAUUCAGGUCAGUCUCUGUCAUCGUAAAUUAGUCAUCGAAAAGGAACCAUCAAUUAUGGUGCACGGCGAUGACGGAUUAACUAGUGACGUUCAAAUGUUUGCCAAAAGACGGAAGGAACUGAAUCGUAAGAUGAGCGAAGAUGGUAGCUCACACGUGAUAAGAAAAAACGAAUAUGGUGAGCACGAUAAUAGGAUUGACCCUUUGGAUAUCGAUAAUGAUAAUAACAUUAUAUCUCGCGUCAAUAGGGAUAAUCGCUUCGAGGAAGAUUCCCUGUACAAAAUAAUUAGCGAUGAGUAUUGCCAAAAGGCUGGCUUAGUUAAGCCUCCAAAGUUUAGGCGUUGCGGUAGCGAAGAAUGUCCAAUCUGGAGAUAUGGUCUUUGGCAAGAGUGUAAAGAAUCUCCUUGCGAAAAUUUUAAUAUUGCGGUACAAGAGCGAAAAGUAUUUUGCGCUUAUUCCAACGGUUCCUAUGCCCCUCGUUCUGCGUAUGACUCCUCCGGCUGUAGAAUGAUUGAAAGACCUGUUAUGAGGAAAGAAUGCUUUAAUGAGAGAUGCAAAGCUGAAUGGAUAGCUUCAACCUGGAGUCAGUGUUCAAAAACCUGUGGAUACGUAGGAAUCAAAACACGGGUAUUGCACUGCGUUUGGUACAACAGCACUAAAUCCGCGGGUAGCCAUUGCAUCGACAAACCUAGGCCCGAAACUGUCAUGUCCUGCGAAAAUAUCGUCCCAUGUCCCGAAGUGAAAUCUCCCGAUGAAUGCCGUGAUCUGUCCAAUUAUUGUCGCGCAGUUAAAGAAAUGCAUUUAUGUCACAGACCGGAGUACAAGGACAGAAGAUGCUGCCUUACAUGUUCUACGUCUUCUACACAGUACCCGUAUUUUCUUUAAAACAAAGUUAACUGAUACAGCUGGGGAAAUGAGUUGUAACCAAUAGAAUCUAUCUUCAAAAGCAUUUAUUUUCAACCAAAUCAAGAAGUCAUUUAUCAAUUUGUAAUAUUUUAUAUAAAAAUACAUUAUUUUUUUUUUUGAAAAAUAUCAUCCUAGUGCCAAUGUUUGUUACAUUGUAUAU